GGCUCUGUCAGUUCCUUCCCCCGCUCUUGAGCGCCCGGCAAUGCGGUGCUGAGCAGGUGUGAGCAUCGUGAAGGACACACGGACAGACGCUGUUUGCCCGCCACAGAAGGUCUCUUUAAGGAAAUCCAGGCUAAUGUCCUGCUAAUGUUCCAUCAGCCGAGCUUCUAGCUGUAACCCCACCAGGUGGUUCUUACAUCAGCAUCAUGUUGCACCUCACCCUGCUCCUCCAUCUCCUGGUCCUCUCACUCUCCCCUGCAGAUGCAUCAUUUCACGGGGAGGUGCCUGACUUUUACAGAGACGAAGCCACAGGUUACGGGCCGGUGUUUGAGGAGCAGCCGGUGGAUACCAUCUACCCCGAGGAGUCGCCGGAGGCCAAAAUCACCCUGAACUGCCGGGCUCGAGCCAAUCCACCUGCCAAAUACAAGUGGAAGCUAAACAAGAUGAGAAUUGAUCUGAAUGAAGAGGGAAGCCACUACAGUUUAGUCGGAGGCAACUUGGUCAUCAGCAACCCCAUCAAAACCACACAUGAAGGAAAUUACUCCUGUAUGGCUUCCAAUACGUACGGCACAGUCAUCAGCCGAGUGGGCUCCGUCCAGUUUGGAUAUCUCGAUCUUUUCUCGUCAGAGGAGAGGGAGACGGUGAAAGUCAAAGAAGGACAGGGGGCAGUGCUGCUCUGCGCUCCCCCACCACAUCAUCCAGCCGAGCUGUCAUUCCGAUGGAUCCUCAAUGAAUUUCCCACCUUCAUCCCACUGGACAAGAGGCGCUUUGUCUCCCAGUCAAAUGGUAACCUUUAUAUCUCCAAGGUGGACUCCUCAGACACAGGCAACUACUCCUGCAUUGCGUCCAGCCCGUCCAUUUCCAAGAGCGUUUUCUCCAACUACAUCCCCCUAGUGCCUCAGGCUGAACGUCCCAUCAGAAAAUACCCAGCUGACCUCAAUGUCAAGUUCCCAGACACCACUGCUCUGGUGGGGCAGAACAUCACCUUGGAAUGUUUCGCUUUGGGGAACCCCGUCCCUGAGAUCCACUGGAAGAAGUUAGACGGACCGAUGCCACCCAAUCACGAGAUGGCAGGGGCUCACCUGCAUCUGUACAAUGUGCAGUUUGAAGACGGGGGCACCUAUCGGUGUGAGGCAGUGAACUCGAGAGGAAAGGACUACCACACUGCACGUGUGUCUGUAGAAGCUUUUCCUGAGUGGGUGGAGCACAUCAUCAGCACAGAGAAAGACCUCGGUAGCGAGUACACUAUGUCCUGUGUAGCCAGUGGCAAACCUAAACCACGCAUCCACUGGCUGAAAAAUGGAGAACCGCUUGACAGGAAUGAGAUGAGGUUCAGCAGCUUGACGUUUGAUGAUUCAGGGAUGUAUCAGUGCAAAGCAGAGAAUCACCAUGGAGUCAUCUAUGCCAAUGCAGAGUUGCGUGUGUUUGCCUGCGCUCCCACGUUUGAACACAACCCAGUGAAGAGAGUCCUGGCAGCUAAAAAUGGCCGGGUGGUGAUCGAAUGUCGACCCAAAGCAGCCCCGAAGCCAACCUUCUCCUGGAGCAAAGACACAGAGCUGCUCUCCAACUCUACCAGGGUGUUCAUCUGGGAGGAUGGGAGCCUGGAGAUCCUCAACGUGACGCGAGCAGAUGAAGGCAGGUAUACCUGCUUCGCAGAGAAUGACCGGGGCAAGGCCAACAGCGUCGGCUCUCUGUUGGUUACAGAGUCCACAAAGAUCACCUUGGCACCAUCCAACGCUGACGUUAAAGUGGGUGAAAAUGCCUGGAUGCAGUGUGCUGCGUCACAUGACCCCUCUUUGGACAUCACUUUCAUCUGGUCCCUGGAUGGCAGAGUCAUUGACCUACACAAGGAUGGCCAACAUUAUGAACGUACCCCGAAUGGGAGCUCAAAUGGAGAGCUACUGAUUAAAAACGUCCAGCUGAAGCAUGCCGGGCGCUACAGCUGCACCGCACAGACCCCCGUUGACAACAUCACGGCCUCUGCCCACCUGGUCGUCAGGGGUCCCCCCGGUGCCCCAGGUGGGGUGCGACUGAUAAACAAAACUGACAAGAGUGUGACGUUGCAGUGGAGCCGUGGAGCAGACAACCACAACCCCAUCUCCAAAUAUACUGUCCAGUACAGGGACUCCUUCUCAAAGGAUGUCUGGAAGAAUGCCACUACGUCUCCUGCAGAUGUAGAGGGCAAUGCUGAGACAGCCACAGUGGUGGAUUUGUUCCCCUGGACAGAAUAUGAGUUCAGGGUGAUUGCCACCAACACUCUUGGGACAGGAGAGCCAAGCAGCCCGUCACCUAAAGACAAAACCCUGGAAGCAAUUCCUGUGGUGGCGCCCCUGGACGUCGGUGGGGGCGGAGGGACCAGCAGAGAACUGACCAUCACAUGGACGCCUGUACAGCCACAGUAUUACUAUGGGCCAAAUUUUGGCUACAUUGUGGCCUUCAAACCUCAAGACGAAUACCAGUGGAGGAGGGUGAUCGUAGCCGACCCACAGGCCAACCGCUAUGUCCACAAAGAGUCGUCCAUCCCUCCUUCGACGGAGUUUCAAGUCAAAGUCAAAGCAUUCAAUAGCGAAGGAGAGGGACCCUACAGCCUAACGGCCAUCAUUUACUCUGCACAGGAUGCUCCAUCUGAAGCUCCCGUAAGUGUUGACGGCAGAGCUCUCUCUGCCACAGAAGCCAUCGUGUGGUGGUUGCCCCUCUUACAGAGCAAUAUUGAUGGAUACCAGGUGAAGUACUGGAGGAAUCAGGAAGACAGUGAGGGUGGGGCUCAGAGGGUGGUGGUGCCUGGCAAGGAGAACCACACAAGGCUGGAGGGUAUGAGGCCCGACUCUCAUUACCUUAUUGAGGUUCGGGGCUACAACUCUGCAGGAUACGGGCCACCCAGCGAACACCUCCGGAUCCACACCAAGAAACCUCCUCCAAGUCGACCCCCUAAAAUAAUAGGUAAAAAGUUAAAGGGCCAGUCAGUGAAUAUUGCCUGGGAGCACGUGGAACCGCUGGCUAACGAGGCAUCGAUAGAUGGUUACAAAGUGCUGUACAGGCAGCAGGGCCACUCCACAGGAACUCUGUACACAACAAGUAGGCGGUACAUAGACCUUCCCCUGCCCACAGAUGGGAACUAUGUUGUGGAGGUCCGGGCGCACUCAGAAGGAGGAGAUGGGGCUGUGGCACGAAUCCACAUCACAGGUGGAAGUGUGAUGGCUGCCCAGUCUCUCAGUGUACUCUCCCUGCUCCUGGUGGCUCUCCUCUGCCUGAACCUCUGAAUGUAGCGCCAUCCUUGUCUUCCCGUGAAGAAGACUCUUUAUGGUUGAUGCCUGUAAGGACUUUGGGACUUUCCACAAUCUUUUGGUUCCACCCUGUAACCCGGGACGUCGUAUUCCAACUCUUCCCCUCUGGAAUAUGUCUGUGGAAAAAGACAGAAAUGGAAAAAAUUGGAAAUGGACAAAGACAUCCCUUAUUUAUCCACAAAAAGCCUCUUUGGAGGAGUGUCAAAGGAGUUCUGUCAACUUUUUAAAUAUGCCUUAUAUAAAUGACUGCACUUAUCUUUCACAGUGACUUGUUUUAAAAAUGGAUCAUGACUGAAAGUGUGAACGUUAACGCUUCGCACAGGUUGGCUGUUUAGUGUUUUUAAAAUGUAGGCUUCAUUUGAUCUGUGACAUUUUGAAUAAAAAAUCUAACCUACAGUGCAUUCCAUAGUUUAAGGUAAACAAGUAGCUGUGAAGGAUAAGUGUAUGAGUUUAUAAAAAUGUCUUUAUGUCUUUCUUUACUUGCAGUUCAGUGGCAUUUUCUUAUGUUUUCUUUUCUAAAUGAAGCACAUCCUCUGUUACAGAGAUACAGUCAAAGCAAAUCUCAAACUCUCACAUACCUGAUUUUAUAACAAGCAUCAUAGAGAAAAGAGCAAUUUAUGUCAUGCUAAAAUAAUAUAUCCAAUAACUGAUAUCAUUUUGCUAUCUAAUAUACUAUGGAUGUUAUGAAGAAAAAUAGAUUGGUAUCACCUGCAAUCAGUGCUUAUUUCCAAAUCAUAAUGUGAGCUCUCUAUUAAUAAUAGAGUACCACUUGAAAAUUGUGUGCAUGUUGACAUUGUGACAAAAGUGGGUUUGAAAAGUGUUUGGGAGUUCACGCUCAUGGAUCCAUACUUGCAAAGCUGAAUGUAAAGCAAAGAAGAGGAGCAGGAAGUGAACAUAUCAAACAUGCAGUUUCAAACACAGAACUGCAGCAAACAUGUAACAGUGGUUUAUUUUGAUUGCUUGACACCUCUGGUUGUAUUUGUACAUCUGUGCAGUGAUCAAGGCUUUGCCACAACAUCUGGUCCAAUGCUGGAAGUGAUGCUGAAACCUGCUCCAUGUUAGUGAACCUAAACCUAAAAGAAAAGUACUUUUGUUUUGACUGUAUCAUUAGGACCUCAGUGGUACCAGCUGGUGCUUUGUAAAGAAUGUUGGCAUUUUAUUUUUUCAUGUAAACAUUUUUCAUUUCAUCAUUCUCGUUUAUGGCUUUGUGUGAGAGUCACUAUUAACAGUUACAGUGAACGGUAGCGACGCUCAUGCCCUCCAAUAAUUGUGCAAUGUUUGAUUCAUCUGUGGCUACUUUAUAUUUUCUAAUAUGACAACUUGCCUAGCUCCUAUAACAGUAAUCUAGUAUAUUUCAUUUUUCAUGAUCUUGUAUUAACAGAAGAUAAGCAAAGCCAUCCAUGUCGGCGGUAAGAGCCCAUCCAAAGCUCAUGACGUUGUUUCCACUGCAUUAUUUUUGUCUUUUUAUUAACAUGUGAUCAGAGAUAUAUAAACAUUAUCAACUGUU